AUGCCACCGCUGCUUCCCCCCGUGCGGCGCUCGCGCAACGGCUGCAUCGACUGCCGCAAAGCCAAGGUCAAAUGCGACGAGAUCCGCCCCUCGUGCGGAACUUGCGCGCGACGCAGGCUUGUCUGCCAGGGAUACAAGACGCCGGCCGCCCAUCACUCUCGACACUCGUUGGUCGACGUCGCCGGUGGGAGUGAUAACCCAGCAGCGGCAACAACAGCAGUAGCAGCAACGAGAUCAUCCGGGGCAUCUCCGUCCAGGCCUCCCGUGGGACUCUCGGCGUCCGAGAUCACGGCCGGGGAGCGUCGGCCGAGGAUGACUCUGGACACCCGGACCCUCUCGCUGCUCCCGCCCGGGGCGAUACCGGCCGCGGACCAGCCGCACAUCGAGCUCUACUUCAACAGGCACCCGUUCGAGCUGCUGAUCGGUCCCGAGUUCGUGAGCGAGAUGAACGCCUUCGUCGUGAUGAUGAUGCAGCAGGACCCGGUCGUCAUCGCCGACGCCAUCUCGGCCAUCGGGUACUCGUACGAGGUCGGCAGCUCGUCCGGCGCACUCCUGCCCGUGCUCGACCGGAGGGCCAAGAUCCUCGCGAACCUGAGGAACAUGAAGCCUUCUAGCCACUAUUUUGAAGAAGCUCUCUUUCUGCUCUUAGGGUUAUGCGCCAUGGAGCUCGUUACCUUGGCCCAGCCGGGACACCAUGCAACCAUCCCCACGGUCCUGUCCAACGUGGCCUCCCUCAUCAGCCACCACGUCUCGACCGGCGGAGACGUCUCCUCUGUCGCGAGCUACGUCUGGCUCAAGAACGAGCCGACCAAGCCCGACCGGCUGCUCGGGUAUACCGUGACCCUCAUGCCGCUGUUGGAGGAGCUGUGCACCCUGGCCGAGGAGGUCCGCGGACACAUCCUGCAGCCAGCAGCGCUCUCCGUCGCCCUCCUGGGCGGCGGCGGCGACACCCGAACUCCGAGCCCCGAGUACACGUCGUCUGCGUCAUCGUCAUCACCGCCACAGCUGGACGUCGGUGUCGACAGUUGGCUGGACGUCGGGUACUCGGACGUGGCCCUCCGGGCAGACUCCCUCCGAAUGCGCCUCGAGUCGUGGAAGCCCACCAUCUCCGACGGCCUCUCGUUCCGCUCGGCGCGCAAGUUCCGCGCCCAGGCCGCCUGCUACCGCGCCGGCGCCCUCUUGUACCUGCACCGCCUGUUCCACCUCCCGUGCUCGUCGCCAGAGGCGGACCACGAGGCGCUGAGCAGGGCUCACGACGUGAUGCUCUACACGAGCGGGCCGCCGCCCGAGUCCAAGAUGCUGCUCUGGCCCGUCUUCAUGGCCGCCUGCGAGAUGUCGGACGCCGACGACCGGGCCGCCGUCCUCGACGUCUUCGACGCGAUAGGCACGCACCGCAAGACCGUCACCGUCGAGCGGACGAGGGCCUUCGUCCAGGAAAGGGUCUGGAAGGCGAGAGACGAGGGUGGGGACUGGAACUGGAUGGUCCUGGCGCAGGCUUACCCGGGGGAAUGUCUGCCGAUAUGA